GUUAGAAGCAAACUUUGUUUUGAAAAUAUUGACCGGAAGCUGACGGAACAACAGCAGGCGCAAACAGGACGGAUGUUAGCGCAAAGCUAAAUGCUAACUGCACUGAGCUCGCUGUUACCGAGCUGCUUUGCUGUAAAAAUUAAAUCCGUUGUUUAAAUGUCUCGACAUUUGAAUUGCUGAUGAAGUUUGUUUUUCAGGCCUCGUGUUUAAGAACACAGACUGACUGUCCUGCUGAGCUUGGUAAGACACCUCUGAACAAUGUUGUUACUUGGUUUCACAAGUUAGAUGCAGCUAGCUAACACAAUUCAAGCUAACAUACAGCAAAAAAGAUCCCACAGCGAAAUUUACGAAGUGACUAGUGAUGGGAGUCUUGGUGUAUGCGAAGAAUUACAAUCACUCUGUGUGUCACCUUGGCUGUAGUCUUCAGCCUACUCAGUCUCUCUGGGUGUGGAAGAUAUAGGCUCUGCCAGUCCUCUGUAGAUGAAGAUGUCCUUAGCCCAACGAGUGCUCCUCUCCUGGAUCUUUGCCCUGAUCUUCCUCAUCAUGCUGGUCCUCAAGCUGGACUCCAAGAUCCAAUGGAACUGGUUCGUCAUAUUCCUUCCUGUCUGGACUUUUGACACCAUCCUCAUCCUGAUGCUGAUAGUGAAGAUGGCAGGGCGCUGCAAGCCUGACUUUGACCCCAGGGAGGGCGAGCAGAGCCUGAAGAGGAGGUUGUGGUACCUGACAGCCCUGCUACUGAAGCUAGCUUUCUGCCUGACAUUGUGCUCCCGUCUGGAGGGGCUCACCCACAUGUGGAUCAGUGUGGUGUGUGUCCCUCUGUGGGUGCUGCUGGUUGGGGCACUGGUGGAGCUGGGACACAGUGUUUUCCAUUACAGGAGAGACUGAAUCAAAGGACUACAUUGUUUUGAACUGCAAUACUGGGAACAAAAUCGUUUUGCACUCAAACAUCUGUAGCUAAAGAUGCAUCAAUCCAAUCUACCGGAUCAGUAUCAGAAACUGACCUUAUUCACAGGACAAUGUAUCAGCAAGACAUGACUGAUUUGUCAGUGACAUAAAAUGGACAGUUUCUUCUGUAAGUUACAGCAGGUUACUGACUCUUGGGCCAAAUGAGUUCUGCAUGGUGUGGUCUACAGGUUUAUAUAUGAGUAAUAAGAACAUUACAUUGUUUUGGCAUUCACAGUACUGCCUUCUGGCUUGUUUUUAGACAGCAACUGAAAAAAGAAAGGGUGAAUUGGUCUAAAGGGUAGUUAGAUUUUUAUUAUUUAUAAGUGUGACUUUCUACUGCCAGGUGAGUCUGGGUUAAAGACAGAGCUAUUGGCAACCUGAAGGAAACACCACAUGCAGUUGUGAUUCAAAAUGUGCAGCCAGUUCCUUGCUACACUAAAUGCUAGUCUACAGUUUGUCUCUUCACUUUAUAUACAGAGAGCACUCUGUGCUGCUGAGGCAUGUACGGUAAUACAUGUUUGUGUCAUCACUGCUGUAAAGUUUAUCACUAGUUAAGCAUGUCUGUAAAGCAGUUAGCAAUUUCACAAUGUCCAUAUGUGAUAGUACACAACUACUGUAUAUGUCAGCACCCAUAUGGGGAUAGGUCAGUUCAGAACUUAAUCUUUAUGGAUUAAAAAUGACCACUGGCCUGUAUAGAAUACUAUUACAUUUGUCACUUACAGUAAGCAAAGUCUCAGUUUUGGCUGUGCUGCUUAGCUUUUGUUUGAAUGCAACAGGCCUUUUUCACAGCAGAUAUUUUGACAGGAAAACCACAGGUGUAAAUAAUAAAAUGAGUGGCGGCUCAACACUGGGCCCCUUAAGCAUAACAGCGAUCAUUAAUAUUAUUAGCAACGCCUGUGCUUUGCCACUACAAAGUGUCUGCUGUAGAAAAACGCCUGUUCCAACGUGACCUGCUGCCAUGAGCAUUUUGACUUGCUUGUUUGUAAGGUAACAUGAUAGACUUAGCACAUUAGCAACAAAGUCAAAGUGGAGCUCAGGCUGAUGUGAAGUUUGGGAAAUCACGUCACAAAAUGAAGUGAUCAAAAGGACAUGUUGGACAUUUGUAGGCACAUAACUUCCCAGUGAGUUACGAUGCUGGACUAACAUUGUCAUUUCUACCUCCGAGCUGCAGAAGUAGCUAAACAGACAUUUGAAACCUUAAUGACAUGAACUCCAGGAGAACCAUUAACACCAAGUCAGUAUUUUGAACCAUUUAUUGAGAGGUUCUGAUCAGAGUAUAAAUCACACUACCAAGUCUUAUCUUAGGAAAUAAGAUGUAUUUACAACAACAUUUUCACAUACAUUAGUUUCAAAUAAAAACAGACAGUAAAUAAUAUAAAUAAGUUCUAUGGAAAAUAAAACUUGUCUUACAAAAAAUAGAUGCAAUUUCUGUAUACAUUUUCUCACAUUGGUGGUAAUAACAUCUAUACUGUACAGUUUUGGUACUUAAGGUAUCAUUUACAGCCCUGUGUGAGUCAAAGUCCAGUCUGAAAACAACUACUUGCUCUGAUUUUGGAGUGUUACAAACAACAAACGCCUCCAACUAAAGCAACAGGGAUGAU